UAGCUGCCUACCACCCUCCUUUUCUUUUUCUUGGUACUUUCUUUGCGCUCACCUUUGUCUUCCCCGUUGCAGUCUGCAAUCGUGCAAGGCGUUGAACGUCGUUCUUUCUUUACACAAGUCCCUUCAAUUUGCCUGGCGCUACAGCUUCUCCCGGCGAGAGUCCCUUAAUUUUCAGUCUAUCGCUCAGAAAUCAACAUCAUAAUAGAGUUUAUAGCCCUUGGACUACAUAGCAGAAAUGGUUUCCAAAGGAUUGAUGGCUGCUUGGACGUUCCUCGACGCAUGCCUUCUCGUUGCUGGAGCGGUUUCGAUCGCUCUUUCAUUCGUAUGGAGGAAACCGGACAUUUUAAUGAACAUGGUGCUCUCCAAUGCUGAUUUAACCGCUGGCCUGAUACUCGGCAUCACGCUUGUGAUAACGUUCGUAUUCUCAGUGGGAGCUAUCGUCCAACGCAACCAUGUUACAAUGGGUCUCGUUAUUCUCAACUACCUUCUUAUCCUGUGUGCUAUUGGAAUUCUUAUCAUUGGAACGUUCGUCUGGGUUUACACCUUGCGAGAACGCGAUAACUUCCACGAGGUGUACUCCAAGGUACCUUCCACAACCAGGGCAUUUAUACAGGACAAGUUCAGUUGCUGUGGUUACUUCAAUGCAGCUGACUUCGUCGAGCCUUCCAACUUUUGUAAUCCGACACAAAUCAGCUUCAUGAACGCCCUCGAUGCAUCCGACGUCAACAACUCCCAGUUUUUCUGUGUCACUCCUGUUACCAAGUUUGCAGAUGUGACCUUGAACAACAUCUUCACGACCGUCUAUGGAUUUAUGGCCAUCGUUCUUGCCCUCCUCCUGGCCACACUUUGCGUGAUCAACAUGAGGAACGAGGAAGAACGUUUCAAAAGGAUUGAUGCCAAACGUGGAGGAAGGGGUUUCGUCUAGAGACGGACUACCUUCGCAUCCCGAUAUCUACAAAAAUCACCGACUACCUUUUCAGACGCAGGCGUUUUACCUAUCACCUCCGUCUUUUGACAACCCUCCUCUCGGGCCAGAUCUUUUUUCUCCCUUCUGAACGUUUUUGCAACCAUCCUGCUUUCCUUUGUCUAUUAAACUCGGAUUAUUCUUUGAUUAUUGCUUUCUGUUUUUUUUCUGCUGAUCCUUCUUCUUCGAGUCACACUCUUUCUUUACUGUACAUAGAUCUGAGUACAUUGUACGUACUGCGAAUCAAAGGGAGCCAAAUUAAGAUUC